AUGUAAUAAUUCCAAUAAUAGGUUCCUAAUUCUGUGCCUCUUGAUAUUUUAUUAGCUCAAUUAAAAAACCCUUUGAUUGUAAAAGAUGAUCAUUAAUCAUGUAAUUGCCAUUUAUAAUAAAAGUGUUAAAGUAAAAACAUCAUCAGAUGCCAGAAAUAAUAAAUAAUAAUUAUGAAUUAUUAGCAGAUAAAUAUUUACUUUUAAGUAAUGCAUUACCGGGAUGCUCUCCUGAAUUAAUUGUUGAAGAAUUUGAGAAAGUUGUUUAAGUAGUAUAGAAAUGUUGUAAUUAAUUUAUUGAGAAAAUGAAAAAAGUAAUUACAGAUCUCUAGACAUUUGCUAAUUAUGAUACAUAAGUAUUGAAAGGGUAUUUAACAUAAGCAACAGAUGUUUUUUAAAGAUGUUUUUAUUUGGCUGAAAAAGAAUUAACAAAUUUUGAUGUUGAUUUUUUAAUGGAACAUUUUACAAAUCCUGAAAAUGCUAUUUAAAAUCAUUUACUAACUUUGAUUUUUGAGAGAAAUUAAAAUUUAUAAAAUGUUAUGUAAAAAGUCUAUACAGAAUAAUUGGAUUUUGCUGCUUAAUUUCGUGCAUAAUUUGAGUAAUUAUGUAAUACAAACCAUUUUGAACCAUUAAACAAAUUAUUAAAUAAUUAAAAGUAAUUUUGGUCUAAUCGAGUAAAAAAAUAGAUUUAGAUUCAAAAAUAAUUAAUGGAAGAAUAAUAAGCCUAAUAAGUUUUAGUUUAAUCUAUCGUUUAAUUUGCACCUUAAAUAUAAUAAUUUUAAUAAUAAUAAUAACCAUAAUAAUAAUAAUAAUAAUAAUAAUAAGAAUAAUAGCCAUUAUAAUAAUAAUAGGAUUCAUAGUGGUUAGCAAAAUCAUAGAUGAUUUCGAUUGAAGCUGGAAAUCAAUAAUUAAUUGAAACAAUGAUUAAAUUAAGAGCUCAUACACAUGAUUUAAUGUAAUUACAUGAUAAGGAAAGUAAGAAAGAUCAAAAAAGACAUUGUAAAUUAGAAGGUGGUGGUUCUUUUGGGUAAUAAAUGAAUACUAAAAUAUUAGUUAUUGUUGGACAGGAGGAUAUGGAUGGAAAGGAACAUUAUUUGAAGAAUUGGAAUUGUCUAUAUAAUGUCCAUAAUGUUAAGUAUUAAAUAAGGAUAUGCAUAAUACAACUUAAAAAUUAUAUAAUUUAGAAUAUAGAGAUAAAGGAACUUGGUGGGUUAGAGCUUGGUUUUUAUAUAAGAAAUGA